AUGGACCUCACAGUGCUCAUGUUGCUGCUGGCCAUGCUGCUAUGCUCAUCCUGCUUAAGUGAUCUGAGAGCCAGGGAUCCAGAUGUAGAGGAAAAUGAAAAGGCAGGGCUGGAGAGCAGUUUUAGCACAGCUCACAUUCCAGUAUCUCUUGGAUAUGAGCAUCUCAGCAGAUCUGGACAACUGGAUACUCAGCUGGAGACAUCUCAGAACCCUUUGCCCUUCUUGAGAGAGAGUUCACACCAACCUGCACGCAGAGGAAACUGGUGUGCAUUUGUUCAUCAGCGUUUGGUAAGCGUGGCUGAGCUCAGUGGUGCUGAGGAGCAUACAAUGAAGACAGUGAACCCCUGCAUUAAUGGUGACCCUGACUGCCAAACAUUAAAGCAUCAGCUCUCUUCACAGCCUACAUACAGACAGAAGCAGAAAACUAUUACUGCACUGCACUGGAAGUGCUGCCCAGGCCAUGAAGGCAACAACUGUCAGGAGACAGUGAGUCUGACAGGAGAAAGUCAGUCCAGUCAAGACCACACAGAAACAGCUCCAACAGAGGUUGCACAGGCUGAUGACUCUGGCUCUGGCAAUGGUGGAGAUAUUCCUCCUUCUUCUCUGCCUUUCACGGACUCCAGCAGCCUCUCGUCAUUUCAUCAAAUAUUUGCAGCAGUAAUGACUCAACUUCAGCCAGUGCUGGAUGGCUUUAAUCGUACUUUGGAGAAUUUGUCUAGAGAGGUGGAAGGUUUGUCCAUAGAUCUGAAGAAUCUGAGGCAUGAGCAAGAGAGCAUGUCCAAAACUAGGCAUGCCCAUGAAGAAAAACGUGAGAAAGACUUGGAGGACAGCUUUGAACAGAUGCAGCAGAUAUGGUCAGAGUUGGACUCACAACGAAAAGAGAUAGAACAAAUAAUCCACUUGAAACAAGAACAUCUGCUUCAUAACAUGACCAAUCUAAAGAACAAAAUUGACCACAAGAUCAACAUGAGUCAUGAGGAAAUACAGGUGAGUUUGCAGUCUCUGAAUAAGUCCAUGGAGGAAAUUCGACUUAAUCAUGGAAGGCUGCAGGAGACAACACAGGGAGAACAUACUCUUUCAACUGAUGCCAGUGAAAGCGAGUCACCAUUGGAGACCAGUGUGUGGGAGGCCAUCAGUAAUCUGGACAUGAAAGUGCUGAAUAACACAAUGGAGCUCAAUCCCCUAACUGAAAACUCUAAUCAUUUGAUUAAUAUAGUCCAGAAGCUGGACCAUGGCUUAAGGAACUUGAGUCAAAGACUGGAGUAUGUCAGCCACAACACAGAGGUCCAUUUGGCACAGAUUGGGUUUGAAGUAGAGGCAGCUAGAUUGGCUACGCUGAAAACCGUUAAUGAACUAGCUUCUAAUCUCAGUACCCAAGAGAGAGAUUUAAGAGAGAUUCAACUGGAUGUGGACAAUAUUUAUCAGCUUAUCCAAAAUAAUGAGCUUGCCACAGCAGGUGAGAUUUGCAGUUGUAAAGAAAUCAGUGAUUCAUUGGUUAGGUUGGAAUCUGAGGUGGUUAAUGUCACAAAUGUCGCCAAAGAAAACCGGUAUGCCCUGGAGGAUGUCGAAGCAAAGAGGGGGCUUAGCCAGUGGGCCCCAGAAGUUGAAGAUCUCAAUCAAGGCUUGUGGAGUGUGAGAGAAUCACUAGCAUUUGAGCAAGUCAAGAGAAAUACUCUUAACGACAACCUAACCCAGUUGAAAACCUCCCUCCUGGACAGCCAAAAGGAGAUCACUGGGCUUAAAGGCCAAUUUGUUGCUAAGGAAGCUGAAAUCAGACAUCUCUCUGCAUCAUUCACUUCUUUACUCAAGGAUGCCAUCCGCCACUCCGAAGUUCUUGAGGUGCUUUUAGGAGAUGAGGUCAUGGAGUUCUCAAGCCGGUCCAAAAGCCAACAGAAGGAGCUUGCUAUUCCUGUACUGCUACAGAAAAUGCUUCUGAUGCAGGAAAAGAUUGACAGUCAUGAGAAUAGCUUGACCUCUCUAACGAAGAUCAGUACAGAGAAACCUCAAAUGAUCAAUGAUGACCCUGUAGCAUUCACAGAGUGGAGUCUCACAAAAGACCUGGGGAGUAAUGCUGAAGAUCCUCUAGAGUCUUUAGCAGACAUUUCCAAAAGGGAGGAUGAUGAGGACUACUCAGUUAGUGACUUCUGGAGCCUUGGGAAGGAAGUGGAGCAGCUCGCUAACAGACUAAGCAUGCUGGAACAGCAACCAUGCAACUGCACUGCUGCCCCUGGUGGUAUUGUAAUGGAACUGCAGAGAGAUGUUAUAACCCUGCAACAAACUCUGGAGGAUCAUUUAAGAACUUUCCAGAAUUUAUUCAGAUAUACAGAAGAGCUGGCUAGCUCCUCUGACAGUGUGAACUUGGACCAGCUGCAGACCAUGAUGAGGACAAGAGAGAGGAAGAGAAAGAAGGUACAAAAUAUGAAGAAAACGGGAGAGACAAUCAGCAUGCGCAGUAAAAGGCACAUUGGAAAAAAGUAAGACCUCUCCUGCUGGCUAUUAACACAGCAUAUAGGCUACUGUUAGAUCAUCAAUAAAAUAAAAUCAUUAAGCGGACACUCUGGCUAAAAGACCAAUAACAAUACUAAGUAGCUUGUAGACUUUAUCAGUUCAGUCUAGAAUAGUCACGUCAAAUACUGCGAAAACAAGAUGAUGCUUCAGAUGAUGCUUCAUUACACUCAAAAACUAACAGGAGGGCAGGAAAAAUAAGCAGUCCUGUACUGCUGAUGCUAGUUUAAAAAUGGUACACACUCUUUAGGAAAACCCUCUCCAAGGGUUCUUCCCUUCGUAAAAAGGGUUCUACUUGGAAGCAAUCAGUUGUGCAAAAGAACCCUGAGGGUCCCAGGGAGAUGACAAAUCAAUCCCUUAACAUGUAGAACCGUGGUGAGAGUCCUCAUGAUUUUAUGACAGAUUUGCAUAAUGUAAGCUAGGUAUUUGUAGUGACAGAACAUUUAUGCAGCAAUUACACAAAAUUGUGAAUUUUGCAAGUCUGGGGAAAAACUAAUUUGUUCUGCAGAAGACUAUAAAAAGAUGAUCAGUCACAGUCACACACACACACACACACACACACACACACACACACACACACACACACUAUAUGCUAGUUUAAUGCUAUAAUGCCCUUGUAAUCAAAUUUUAGAAGACCACUAGGGCUGGAUGGCAUGAUUUUAUAACAAUAUCGCAUUAUAUUAACAUGAAACAUUGUGGGUAUAAUCAAGUGUUGUUGCUUUUAUAAAUCCAUGGUUGCUUACUGUAAUAAGUAUCGGAUUAGGCAUUAUAUUAUGUUUAUACCAACUGUUCAAGUUCUUUUUGAAAGUGUUACAUUUCUAGUUCUCGUUAGUAUUACAUUUUUUGCCAUACUGCUCACCAUGCAAAUCAGCUUUGGAAAUGUAAGUAAAAAUCUUAUAACAGUCCUUUUCAUACUCUAUUUCAUUCAACAUACUUAUAUGGAUAUUGCUCUUCUGAGGCGUUCAACACGAGUGUCCGUCACAAGAAAAGUCCAAGAUGUAGCAAGGUAUUACUAAACCAUGGCAGUGAUUUUCAGGUCAGUAACAGGAUUGUGUUAUGUACCUCACACCUGACGUUAGACUAGGUCAUUUCUGUCCCAACUGAAGCACGGCAUAAUUCCUGUGGCAUCCCUCAGGCUGGGACAGGGAGGUAAGGUUUCUGAGACAAGCAUGUCCCAUGAAGCUUGUGAUGGGUGAGGGACUCGCACCGGAGCUUGUGAAGGGAACACUGGUCCAAAGGAAGGUUAUGAACAUGACACAGUAUGGACACAGAGUAAAGACAUGACAGAGACCUAGUAGAAGUAACUAGCUAUCCUUUAACGAAUUAUGCGAAACUGACAAAGAUCACAUUCCAUUAUUUUGUGUU